GCGCGGCGGCAGGCGAUGAGCGGCAGCGCCGAGGCCGACUCGUCGGCUCCGGCCGCCCCUGCGCCGCCCGCUCCCGCCGACAGCAAAGCGAGCCCCGGCAGCGGCCCCGGGGCGGCCCCGGGCGCGGUGGGGGGCCCCGUGUCGGCGGCGGUGGCCGCGGCCCCGCCUGAGGGGACCAUGUCCAACGGGGUUUACGUGCCGCCCGGCGUGGCCAACGGGGACGUGAAGCCGGUGGUGUCCACCACGCCGCUCGUGGACUUCCUCAUGCAGCUGGAGGAUUACACACCGACGAUCCCAGACGCUGUCACCGGGUAUUACCUGAACCGAGCGGGAUUCGAGGCCUCGGACCCGCGCAUCAUCCGCCUCAUCUCUCUGGCUGCGCAGAAGUUCAUCUCGGACAUCGCCAACGACGCUCUGCAGCACUGCAAGAUGAAGGGCACGGCCUCGGGCAGCUCCCGCAGCAAGAGCAAGGACAAGAAGUACACGCUGACCAUGGAAGACCUGACACCAGCACUUGCGGAGUACGGCAUCAACGUGAAAAAGCCCCAUUAUUUCACAUGAGGACUGAGGGGUUGUCACUGGAACUUCAGGUCUCUUCUCUGCCAUUAAACACAGGGGUUUUGGUGGGGCAGUGUUUUGUGUCCUGCCCUGCCUGCAGUGGAACAGCA